AUGAUUAACUUUAUCGCGUUUUCUUACAACUCCAACUCAAAACGUCAAGACCUAAUCACUAUUCAACACAUAAUCAACUUCUUGCUCGUUGAUCCUGUAAUACAUGUAUGCGUCGAAGGGACGAAUCUUCUGCUCAGCCCUGCCACGACGCCGCCGUGGGAAAAUCGCGGCUCCUGCGGAAUCCUGCGCAAUCGCUGUGAUGCCUUUCACUGCGGUCGGUCAGUUCGGAAUUGCACUAGCCACCCCCCUAACAACGACUGUGGUUGUUUCCUUUCUAGUGCCGCAACGGGAAAGGGGGUUGUUGACAUCUUGAUGGGAGACAUAGCAAAGCCGUUGAGAAGUCUACCUCAAGAGACGGCAGAACGUUCUGCUGGCUACUAA